CCCACCUCUGCAUUCCACCCUCCGAGUCGACCAUGUCGUCCUCAAACGCCUACGCCGGGCCAUGGUCGUCGCUUCCAACAACGCUGACGCCCUGGAUUAUGGACGUCAUCAAUUCCAUGGGUUUCGCGCGAAUGACCCCUGUGCAAGCAUCUACCAUCCCUCUCUUCAUGAAACACAAGGACGUUGUAGUCGAAGCAGUCACUGGCUCGGGCAAAACACUAGCAUUCGUGAUCCCGGUCCUGGAGAAGCUUAUACGCCGAGAACGCAAGCUGAAGGAGAAUGAGGUUGGCGCAUUGAUCAUCAGUCCUACCAGGGAGCUUGCUACGCAGAUACAUUCCGUCUUCUCUCUCUUUCUGUCUAGCCAACCACGAUCGGAGGAAGGCGAAGCAUCCAGCAGCAAACCCACAUAUCCUUCGCCCCUUCUACUCGUCUCAUCUGACUCCUCACCGGCUGAAGAUGUCCGGAGAUUUAUGUCCACUGGUGCAGACAUCGUAAUUGGUACUCCCGGGCGAAUAGAUGAGUUCCUCCUGGGGAAAGGGAAGGAUACAGUGAGCGUGAAGGAGCUAGAGGUGCUGGUCCUCGACGAGGCAGACCGACUUCUCGACCUGGGCUUCCAGUCAACGCUCACUCGUAUCUUGUCGCAUCUCCCAAAACAACGUCGCACGGGGCUCUUCAGUGCUACGAUGACAGAUGCAGAUGCACUCUCCGAACUUGUUCGCGCUGGCCUACGUAAUCCAGCCCGCGUCGUCGUCAAAGUGCAAUCCAAAAAGUCGAAGAUCAACAAGGCCAGUGGAGAGAACAAGUCAACUCGCGGAGAAGUAUUGGAGGAGAGACGCAUACCGGCGAACUUGCAGAACAUGUCCAUAUCAUGUCGUUCGUCUGAGAAGCUGGUUCAAUUAUCGAGAAUCAUUCGUCAUGAAGUCUCACAGCACCAUUGUUCGCGCUUCAUCGUGUACUUCUCAACAUGCGCCUGCGUGGAUUAUUUCUAUCGCAUAUUGCCCUCGUUCAUGCCUCCGAAUACAACACUCUACUCCCUUCACGGUCAUCUACCACCAGCCACUCGUGAACGCACCCUGAACAACUUCAAGUCCUCACCCGCGACUCCCUUGGUUCCUUCCGUUCUCCUGGCUACGGAUGUAGCAGCACGCGGUCUUGACAUUCCCGACGUCGAUGUCGUAGUCCAGUUUGACCCGCCCUCCGAUACCAAAGCUUUCUCUCACCGCUGCGGGCGUACUGCGCGUGCUGGUCGGAGUGGGCGAGCUUGGGUUCUAUUGGUGGGCCGUGAGCGCGACUAUGUCGAUUUCCUGGCCGUCCGUAAAAUACCUCUCACCGACCACGGACGCUUCGCUCGAGAUGACGGGGUUCUUCCUCUUCUCGACCCGGACUCGAAUGAAGACGAGGAUCCUGCAGUGCUGUCUGCGCAGACCGAGAUCAGGCAGACACUUCUGACUGAUCGAAGCCUGCACGACAAAGCCGCCAAAGCCUACGUCUCUUUCGUGCGGGCUUACUCCAAGCACGAAGCAGCAUAUAUCUUCCGAAUACGAGACUUGGACCUCGUUGGCACGGCCAAAUGCUUUGGCUUGCUGCGAUUGCCCCGGAUGCCAGAGCUAGAUCAGAUCCCGAGGAAUGGCUGGCAGGAUGCUGACGUUGACUGGAACAGCUAUGCAUAUGCUGACAAGCAGCGCGAGGCGAAGCGGAUCACGGAGUCGGAGAAGCAGAAGGUGGCCGUGGCAGACAUCCAGAAGCGCAGGCGUGAGCGGCAAGAGAAGAAGAAAGCCAACGCGGCCUGGAGUAGCAAGGUCGUCAAGCAAGACGAGAAGUUGAAGAGGAAGGAGAAGAAGGGCAAAAAGCGUGAGUGGCUGAAAUUGAACCAACCUGAGCCGGAGGUGGGCGAGAAGCGGCAACGUGGGGAGAGUGUUAGUGAGGGGUCGGACGCUGGCGCUGAUGAUUGGGACGAGUUGGCGAGGGAAGAGAGGAUGGCGAAGAAAGUGAAGAAGGGCGUGGUCAGUCAGGAUGCGUUUGAUGGCGAGUUUGGGGAGCUCUAGGUGUACAGACCGUAUGGUUGCGCGAGUGUAUGGCUGUGCGCUGGACCUAAUUGUGUUCUUCUACUCC